AUGGAUUUCUCUCAGACAUCUCUUGGGGCAGGGCCCCUCGCCUCGCUCGUUACUUCAGCUAUCGCGACUCCUGUGACCACUCCGUACUUGGUCUCCUAUUCACAUCAUCCUUCCGCCAUCUCGCCCCCAGUCCCGUCGCAGCCGCCACAAAAUAGCCAUUUGAAGAUUGAGGGAGACACGGGCGAGUGGUCAUCUUUGAUCGGUAUUAUAACUGCUCUGGCCGGCAACGUGUUGAUCUCUUUAGCUCUCAACAUCCAGCGCUACGCACACCUCCGGAUCGCAAGGGAAUGGGAGCAAGACAAGGUCAAGAAAGAAGCGGAAUGGAGACGGAAUCAUCCUCAUACCGACGAACGGAACUCGUACGGAACCGUCGAGGACGAGAACACCCGCGGCGAUAACACCGACGUACGAUACAGCAGGAUUUUGACGAAUAUCGCGACGACGUGGAUAAUCCCCCCUCGAGGAAGGGGUGGCGCCUGGGAAUCACCGGAACGACUGCGCGACUCCUUCACGUCCGAUCGCACCGCUCGGCCCGGAGACAAGGAUGAAGGGUUCGGAGACCGCAAGUCUUACCUCCAGUCCCCCUACUGGUGGGUCGGGAUCAUCUUGAUGUGUCUUGGGGAGACAGGAAACUUCAUGGCGUACGGUUUUGCGCCGGCGUCGAUCGUGUCGCCUCUGGGAGUUGUAGCCUUGAUAUCAAACUGCGUCAUUGCGCCAUGUCUACUCAAAGAGAAGUUCCGACAGCGCGACUUCUGGGGUGUUUUGAUCUCCAUUGCUGGUGCUGUUGUUGUCGUACUCAGUGCCAAGUCCUCCGAAGAGAAGAUCGGCCCGGAUGAGAUCUGGACCAUGAUCACUCGUUGGGAGUUCGAGCUUUAUCUGGGACUGACAGUCGGUUUGAUUAUCGGGCUUAUGUGGGCUAGCUUCAAAUAUGGAGCGCGGUCGAUCCUCAUCGAUGUUGGGUUGGUAGCCCUGUUCGGCGGUUACACAGCUCUCUCCACCAAGGGCGUGUCUUCGCUUCUGACAUUUUCUCUGUGGCAUGUCAUCACAUUUCCCAUUACAUAUCUCCUCGUCUUUGUUCUCGUCUCCAGCGCUCUGAUGCAGAUUCGGUACAUCAAUCGCGCCCUGCAACGUUUUGACUCUACCCAAGUGAUUCCAACGCAAUUUGUCCUGUUCACCUUGUCCGUUAUUAUUGGAAGCGCGAUACUCUAUCGCGAUUUUGAGUCGAUGUCAGUCGGGCGUGCCGCGAAGUUCGUUGGCGGCUGUCUGAUGACUUUCUUGGGUGUAUACUUCAUCACCAGUGGCAGAGUCCGCUCUGACGAUGAGUCCACUUUCUCGACCGAUGAUGAAGAAGAGGCCAUUGGAUUGCUGCAUGGGGAAAGAUAUCAAGACCGCGUUGAUCUGUCACCCCCGGGCCAACAGUUGCGAGCUCCAAAGGGUCCACAAGCUGCUCCCGACUUCAAUGAGGAAUACAGAGACUCUCCUUCUGGAUCUCUCUUGAGCCGUGGAGUUGAUGGGAUUGACGACGAACAGCCGACGCCUCGCGGUAUUCUUUCGGCGGCUUCAUCUUCUCCAGAUGGCUCAUUGCCGUCCGAAUCUCCCCUUUCAGGCCCAUCAUUUGAAGGCCCAUCUCCACUGCGGCCCCCCUCUCGGAUGUCCAAUCCCUGGGUAGACAUCCAUGAGCAAAUAUCUGGGUCUCCUGGAUCCGACCCUGAAAUUCAUCGCCCCGUCACACCCCCAUCGGCUGAAGACGCAAUCCAAGAAUCUACAGUGCUCCUUCGCUUCCCCCGGCGCCUGGAAUGGAAGGGUCCCCGUCGAAUGGUAAUACAGCGAGCAUCGACUCCGGCUGGAGGAGAUCAGCCGCCGCUUCCCGAUCGAAGCCAAACAGCUCUCGAGACGCCUACUCGAAACGCACUUCGAAACUCCAUCUCGAACAAAUUCUCGCCUGGUCCUCUUCUACCUACUCUUUCCGGCGGUUUCAGCGCUGUAGUUGCAGAGUCUCUGCGGCGUGGCGAGGGAGGCCCUUUUAAGGACCGCGUGAAGCGCAAGUUGGGACGCCGCAAGCAGUUGGACGGCGCGUUCGAUGGCGUUCGUUAUCAAGAUGGUCCUAUUGGCGGCGACGGUACAGGCAAUGAUACUCCCCUGACGAUCGCCAACGCUAGACUCCAAUCGGCCACGAGCCUUGCUACCCCGACUGCAGACGCUGGUCGCUCAACCCCUGCUCUCACCACCGAAUUGUAUACCACUGCAACUCAAAAAUCCAACGAAGUCUCUCGACUUCGUAGCUUCAGUGACUCAUGGAGCGGUGGGCUCGCCUGGUUGGGUGGUGCAUUGCGAACUACCGGCCGCCCUGAGCAAGCUAUUGCUAGUGGUGCAACAACACAUGGAGCUGCCACACCAUCAAACAAUGAAGGAUCUCAGGGGGGCGAUCAUCCUCGCCAUGAUUCAGACGCCCCCGCCGACACUCGGUAA